ACGACGGGUCCAUCCGACGACUUCUAUGCCUCAACCCGAACCACAAGUUGGCCUCUCCCUCUUCCAUUCUUUGGUGGAUUCAUCUAUCCCACCAGGAACAUUGCAGGGGCCUUCCAAAAUGGAGCCGCUUCUCUCUGCAAUCGUGGGUGAUCUUGUCAGCAGAGCCCUGUCCAUGGUAACCCAGAGAUACCUGCAGUCCAAGGGAGCAGAGGAGGAGAAGCUCCAGAGGCUACGGGCAGUGCUGCUAAGGAUCGAUGCCACCGUCGAGGAGGCUGAGGGGAGGCACAUCACCAACCAGGCGAUGCUCCAGCAGCUCCAGAUGUUGAGACGAGGUAUGUACAGAGGCUACUACACGCUCGACACCUUCAGAUACCGAGCGCACAGGGACAAGGCCGAUGGCGAGGUGAGCACUCGCCGUUCGCUUGCCCUGUCCAGUUUCAGACGCACCUUCUUCUCUGUGUGCGAUGCCCCAAGUAUGGACGAGGUGCUUGAUGCGGGGAGCUGCAGCAAUCUUGACAAGAUGCUCAGCAGCCUUGAGAGAGUGAUUGGUGACAUGCAGGAGUUCGUGAUGUUCUUGGCCAGCUAUCCUCGGAUCUCCCGGCAACCUUACAGCGCGUAUUUGUUUUGUGAUCAGGUUAUGUUUGGCCGGCAGAUGGAAAAAGAGACAAUUUUGAGCUUUCUGCUUUGUAGGGAGGCUGUGAGGAAUGGAAGUCUGGGUGUGCUGCCCAUAAUCGGUCCAGCGAGAGUCGGCAAGAGUACACUUGUUGAGCAUGUCUGCCUUGACGAGAGGGUGCGGAGGCGCUUCUCGUUGAUCGUCUUCUUCAGCGGGAAUGAUCUCAAAGGUGGAAACUUGGCCACUCUAAAAGGUAGUGGUGUGAUCAAGCAUCAGAACCUUGCCUCCAGCCCGCAUGGAGACUCACUGGCUGUGAUUGAGCUAGCAGGGGACAUGGACGAGGAAACAUGGAGGGGGUUGUACACCUCGGCAGCAAGCCACCUGACGCCAGGCAGUAAAAUCAUACUCACCAGCCGUUCAGACAAGAUAGCAUCAUUAGGAACGGCAGAGUCUCUUAUGCUGAAAUCUUUGUCCCAAGAAGCUUACUGGUAUUUCUUCAAGACGGUUGCAUUCGGAAGCACAAACCCUGGUGAGCAUCCUAGCAUGGCAGCCCUCGGCAUGGAGAUCGCCUUCCACAUGAACAGAUCAUUCAUGGCAGCGAACAUCGUUGCCAGCUUACUGAGAACCAAUCUUGACAUACAGUUUUGGCGCAGAGUGCUGAGAUGCUUGAGAGAUUUCGCAAGCAAGCACCUCAGCAUGUUUGGCGAGCACCCGACCAAUCUCCUACAGAAGGACCAGCCUCUGUACAUGUGGACAAUGGCCAAGACAAGCAAUGUCGUCGUGAUGCGUGAUAUUUAUGAUGAGCCCUCUCCCCAGAUCAGUGAGGUUCCCAGGAUAACGGCACAAGAUGUUUUGUCUGGUCAAGUUACGUCUGAAGGGACAUUCCAAGCAGUGGCAUGGAGGUCCAGGAUACCGCCCUGCUACACCUACUUGGCGAGCUUCGUCGUGUCACGGACAGACAAGCACGCGGUGCUCGCUUGCUCCAUGGAUCUCCAGCUAUAUCCCCACAAGCCGAGUACUGAACUUGACAGUCCACACUCAUCACACGGCAUAACCGGUCUGGUAGAACUGCUUACAAGCCAGAUUGACAGAAACAUUUUUAUCUGCAAGGCAGGCUGGCAGAGAAAACCAUUAGUAGUCCAACACUACAGAAGAGCUGGAGCAUUUUACAAGAUUUCUGAGCGAUUGUGCCAUUUCCAGCAAUUACCGCACUGCACAUAUAUAGUCUAUAUGUAAAGGAAGUACGUUCAAUACAAUGCAGGGUCAGCGCACAUACUUGAACUAGGAUGGAGCCUGGCCCAUAUGCAACACAAACUCUAUUGUUUCAGUCAAUUCAUUUAUCGUUGACACACCUAUGUAUAUUUUCAUACUUUCGU